AUGGGUUGUGACGGAGGUUCUAUUCCAAAACGAGGCGAGCUUGUCAAGACUAAAAAAACUGCAGAGAAGCCUGAUGCUGCAUCACAGACACUAGCCACUUGGUUCUUCUGUGCUCUUUCAAAACUACCUCUUCAAGUGCCUGUUGUUGCUUGUGGAUAUGGUAGACUUUACAACAAGUCUGCUGUUCUCGAGUUUCUUAUUGACCCAACAAAAUAUGGUGACGGUGACGUUGUUUGUAGUCAUAUCCAGUCCUUGAAGGAUGUUACAACACUCAACCUUUCAUCCAAUCCAGCAUAUUCCUCUCAGUCGCAAUCCGCAUCGGUCAUUCUAGGCAGCUUCAGUGACCAAGCUUCAAUCCCACAGUUUUGUUGUCCAAUCACUCAAAAGGAGAUGAAUGGAAAAUCCAGAUUUGUUUGCAUUCGAUCGUGCGGAUGUGUCUUGUCUGAACAAGCCAUGAAGGAAGUUGCAUCAACUUCUUGUUUGGUGUGUGGUCAGCCAUUUAAACAGGCUGAUGUAUUCGUGGUCAACCCUUCGCUGCCAGAAGAUAUCACUGCUGCAUUUUUGAGGGUAAAGGAGCUAAAGAUGCAAGACAUGGAGCGUAAGCGAAUAAAAAAGGCUGAAAAGGAGGCCAAAAAAGAAGCCAAACAAACUCGAAACAAUGCACAAGUCGACAAAGCUAAAGUCAGUGGAGGCGAUGAGGAUCUGGAUAAAACCCAAAAAAAAGACAGAAAGCGUAGUGCCUUUGAUAAUGAUAAUCUCAAUGACCAUCACGAGAAUGGAACAGCGCAUAGACGACCCAACAAGGUUGCUCAAAACAUCAACAUGACACUACCAGAUCUAGCGCACUUGCAACCAGGUGCACGACCAGUUAGCGAUACAAUUAAAAGUCUAUAUGUUAAAAGAGACAAGGACGGUAAAUCUUUAGAGAAACAAGGCAAUUUCCUGGUCCGAGGAACUUUUAACAGAUUUGCUACUGGUUUUUAA